AUGUAUUUCCAAGAAGGGAUGAUUCUGACGAAGUUGCGCAUAAAUUAUUCAACAGAACGGCGUCGUAUGAAAAUUGUCAAAUUCGAAACUCCAAAUCCGACCGACAACCGACAACACAUUCUUGCUAUCAACACAUCCCUACAUUAUAACAAUAACAACAACAACAAUGGCGAUGACAAUCACAUCAACAACAAUAACCAACUAAUCGUCAAUACCGGCAAAGCUCUAGCAAGCACAUCAUCGAAAACCAUCGUCAAUACCGACAACAACGAUGCCGACUAUCCGAUCGAUAAACUCCCAUCGCCACUUAACAAUUUCUACAUUAAACAAGAUCCGUCCUGUCUCGAUACGCCACCUGAAACUCCAUCUCUAACACCAUUCCUACCGAAUCAGGGUUGUGUCGAUACCGACGGGGCUAGCGAUAUUUGGGUGAAACGGAUAAAAUCGAAUAUCACGGAUACUGCUGUAAUAACCGAUGAAGGCGUCGAAUGUGAUUAA